AUGGCCUUCGAAACGAUCGACACAACACCAGCGAUCGCAGACUUUGCGCUGCUAUCCGAACACCAAGAACAGACACCGAGAACCUUCUUCGGCGGCAGACCAGUCCUCCAUCUCCAAGUCACCUCUUCGACCAUCAAGAUCUCGCAUGAGCAGUUCGCAGCGCAGCCGGAUCUCAAGCGCCUGACUGGUGGAAGCAAUCCUCCUGCGUCUGCGGAAGAUGGCAUUCUACAUAUUGCAGGCGUCGACGUCUGGGUUUCGUCAAGGUACGCGCGAAGCGAACCAGUACCACCACCCCCACCACCAAGAAGUCUCCAAUUAACAUUUUUGGCAGAAACCUCACCCUCUUCUCGCCCGCGCACACCUCCGGCCUGCAAAUCCCGUACCAAACAAUCACCGUAACCGCACAAGAAGGCCAGGCCGUCCUCCUCGAACUCAACCUCUCGGACGCAGACACGCCCGACGAAGAGCUGGAAUUCGUCCAACUGCGGAUCCUCCCCGGUGCGAUCGAACGCCAUGCACCAGAACCAGCACCCGAAUCCGAAGAGCAAGCCGCCGGCGCCGGAGCAAAUGGCACCACGACAACUCAUAAUAGGGACGACGCUGCUACGGCCCUCUUCAGAGCCAUUUCGGAUUGCCAGGAACUCAACCCGGAUCCGGAUCCUUCAGAAGAUGGAGAUGGGGAGGAUUUUCUGCAAGAUCAGACAGCGCCUGGCGCCGGGGGUUGGAUCACGUCGGAGAAUAUGGCGGAUUUUAUGGAUGAGAAUGGGAAUUUCCGUAUGCCGGAGGGAAUGACGGUCGUCGGUGGAGGAGGAGAAGAAGAGGCAGGGGAAGCCAACCAGCUCGGUGAAGGCGCUGGUCGGACCCGGACAGCAGCUGAGCUUGACGCGGAGGAUGGCGCACCGAACGGCGACGAGACCAAGUGGCAGCGCACGUCAUGA